UCAGGGUUUGCGACCCGCCCAUUUACUGUCAAUCAUCUGGAGUUGCCCUUUACAUUUAAGAGCGGGCAGCGUGUCCUGGAAGCGGAAAUCUUCAUUGUCUUCCCAGCAGGCCCCGAGUUCAUACGGAUAGCGAUGGCAGCCCGGGACGGUGCAGAGACCAGUGGAAUGGAAACUGAGGCCAGCAUAGAUAUAGGUAUUCACCAAGAGAAAGCAGGCUGUGGAGCUACCAGCGAAGGAGAUUCACCGUGCUUAGUAACUGAACAAAUGGAGAAUGAGGAUUCCCUUCCUCAAACCUCUGUUAGCAAUGGAGGAGAAUCAGAUACCAGCAAGGAAAUGGUAGAUCUAAAGAUUAUUUGGAAUAAAAACAAAUAUGAUGUCAGGAUGCCAUUGGAUAGUACAGGAGCAGGCCUGAAAGAAAAGAUUCACUCCCUCACAGGUCUCACUCCUGCCAUGCAGAAAGUCAUGUACAAGGGUCUGCUCCCAGAAGAUAAAACUUUACGUGAAAUAAAAGUAACAAAUGGUGCAAAAAUCAUGGUUAUUGGAUCAACAAUUAAUGACGUUUUAGCAGUAAACACACCAAAAGAGGUUGUACAGCAAGAGGCCAAAGCUGAAGAACCCAAAAAGGAACCUCUCUGUAGGCAAAAGCAACACAGAAAAGUAUUGGACAAAGGAAAACCAGAAGAUGUCAUGCCAUCCAUUAGGGGUGUUAAAGAGCGUUUGCCAAGUGUGCCAUUGUCAGGCAUGUACAACAAGUCAAGUGGAAAAGUACGAUUAACUUUCAAACUAGAGCAGGACCAGCUGUGGAUUGGAACCAAGGAAAGGACAGAGAAAAUCCCUAUGGGUUCUAUCAAAAAUGUGAUCACUGAACCCAUUGAAGGACAUGAAGAUUAUCACAUGAUGGCAUUUCAGCUGGGUCCCACUGAAGCUUCUUACUAUUGGGUUUACUGGGUGCCUACACAGUAUGUUGAUGCAAUCAAAGAUACAGUCCUUGGGAAGUGGCAGUAUUUUUGAAUGUACCUCCACCUCUGGCAGUGAAGGAUAGACUGAAACCAAAGGACUACAGAAUUUAUUGGAACUCGCUUAAUUACUGGAUUAUAAUUUUUCCUCCCACCCCACCCCCCUUCCCAAAUCCUUGGAAGAUGCCAACAAUAAUAGAUUCAAAAAAAAAAGUUGAAGAUCCUCACCAGAAGCUGGAGGUGGUUAAUCCAAUGUGACUUUACCUGUGAACAUCAAAUUUAAAAAAAAAUUCAAAGAAGCAAAACGUCAAAUUAUCCAAGUUCUUUGAGAGCCACAAUUAUCUACAGGUGAUGUGCUAGAAGCAUUUUAUUAUAUCUAUUAUAACAUGGAUAACAUCCCACUUUGGGCUUUUUAAGCAUCCACGGAGCAGUAACUGUAAAAAAAACAGUACAGUGGGGCUCUACUUGAUGUGCUGCUUGGCUCUAUCUUUAUGUGGAUCCAUUGUACUUGAUAAAACCAAAUUGUGGAAUAUUUAUUUCUUUAAGCAAUCUUUAAUCACGUCUGUUCUCAGGAGAUUUCACAAUUGGUUGCCUUGUAUUUAAAUAUCUGCCCUCAUGGGUUAUUCAGUCUAUCUCCAUGCCAACAGGAAAGGUAUCUGGCCUAAUUCCAAUUUCCAGUUUUGGUCUGCAAAUUGGUAAAUUAUGGCACAUCAAAUGUGCCACCAAAUUCAUUUAAACAUAACUAUUCUAAUGUUUAAACAUAUGUACCCUUAAUUAUGUGUUGCCUCAGUCACUAAUUAUUUUCACAACCAGAUAAAGGGAGAGCAUAGAGUAAAUGGUGCAUAACAAAUUCUGUUUGUCUGUGCCUUCUCAUUGCUUUCAAACUAGCUUUGCUAUUUAAUUGCAGGCAUGAAACCCAGAGAUUUCACUAUGCAAUUAUGCAGAACCCACUGUACUUCCUCUGACUUGUAUUUGAAAGAAAGCAAAACCAUAUUUGGAUGAAUAAAUCAUGAAGUGUUAUCCCCCAAUUCCAUAGGGCAGUACCUGUUUAAAGCUGCAUGACCAUUUCCACUUCAAUUUUGUUUCUUGUGGCUUAGAGGUUUCAAGGGGGAAAUGGUAGAUAGCAGGAGGGCAGUGGAUGAGCUACAAAGCAUUUUCUAGAUGUGAGUUGCACUUUGCUUCUACCUAUUUGUUCCAGGUAGAUGUCAGCUUUACCUGGCAUCUGAGGGUUGGAAGCUGGGAGGAGUGUUUGAGUUAUUAAUGCACGGAGGAUUAUUCACUUGUGUUACUGGCAUUCAUCUGUUGGCUGUGCUGUGUAUCUGUAGGUUUGGUAGUGUACUCAUGGCUGGGGAAGGCAAAACUGGUUCAACUGUCAAUAAAGCAUGCUUUUCAGAAGAUUGGAAAUGACUAAAACAUCAAGCAACUUCUGAACACUAAAUGGCCGUUUCUGCUUGCCUCCAUGGAGUUGUAUAGGUUUGCAAUGUGUGCCAUAUAGUUUGGUUCCGAGUCAUUUAAAGUGGUGGGGGGCAGGGUUCUUGUACUGUAAGCUAAUCAUCAGAUCAAGCCAUCAUUUAAAUUUCAGAAUUUUCUGACUGACACUAAAUAUUUGAAGAGUGCAGAGAAAGCUUUGCUCUUUGCUAUCUAGCCCAUUGAACUUGAGAGUCUUUGGGAUGCUGUAGAGGAACCUUACUUUGUAUUUUAACUUGAUGUACAUGACUUGGAAGUAUUUUGGAUAGUGUGGAAAGAGCUAACUGUGUACUUGUAUUGAAUAUUUGCACUAAUGGCAAUAAAUGGAAUAGUGUGCAGUUUCUAAUCACUGAUAUCCUUUCUUGGAUGAGUAUAGAUGGAUAAAUUAAAAGUUGAGUUUAUGGGUUUCUGCUAGGUUUAUGGAUCUUAGACCUGAUAACUAUGAAAGGUGCAAUAUUUCAAUGUAAUAUGCCUUUUUUUAAAAAAAAAAGAAAGCAAUUCUUUGCCCUGUAAGUUUUUCAUGGCAGUGACUCCAGUUGAGAGUGUAAAGGGUCAUGCAGCUUUAACAACAAAUAACUUGCAGAAUGCAUGAUUCAAGCACACCAAUCUUUGGAAAUUAAGGAAGUUGACUUGGUUUAGAAUUGCACUGCUUCAAAUUUUAGUGCUGACCAUUAAUUAUCCCAAUGUUUAAUUCUGAAAACUAGUCUUUAUUGCCAAUUAAAGUUUGUUACUUUAGA